CUAAUCCAUGGUCCCGAUGGUGAAAAGUGCUUCGAAGAGGUUCAUGCUGAUUACUGGUUGAGGAGCCGCCGAAUUUCUCCCUUUGAAGAGGUCAAUGCGAUGCUGUUACUGCAGCCUGGUCAGCAGGAACUGCCCAUGGAGUCCCUUCUUAUGCGAAAUUAUGCUCAAACCCUUAUGGCCCAAAACAACGAAACCCACUUGGCAUCUGCCUGGGGAGACCCCUUCACCUCAGCCGAGGUGUACAUCCAACAACGCUGUCUUCGGGAUGAGUUAAUCGCAGCACAACAGGCGAAUUCACCAACUAAGGAUCACUCCGCCAGUCUCUCCUUGGAAGAAGUUUAUUUCAGUCGACGAAGAAAAGCCGUCCAUUUCGACAAACCCCCGCUUGGCGACGAGUCGUUGAGUCCCAGUCCACCGGAGCACACGUCCCAAGAGGAGGAGGAGGAGGCGACGGUGCCGGAAAUAAGUGAUGAGAAUCGCCAGUCCGAGUUAGCUGAGCUGCCGACAGCUAAUAAGCUGCCGCUGAAACGAAAGGACUGUCAUUUGAUAGACGUUUCCAACUACUUCCUCGGUCAGUCCCUUCAAGCCCCUUCAACUCCAGUCGUGGCUACCCAGCUGUUUUCUCCCGGACAGGUACGCGAGCUUCUCCUGAAGCAGCUCCCGCUGACAUCGCCGAGCGAGGAGGGCACAGAGAUGGGCGUGGAUCCGUGGUGUUCGAAGUUCAUGGACCUCUUCUGGCUCAAAAUUUCCCCUCGGAUGUCCAGCUGGUCAAACUACCGCGUGGUGGAACCAACGUCUCCUCCGAAGUCGGUUUUCACUUUCGGUGAACAGCACUAUGCCGUGGAAGGACGUCUGGGGUCUGGAACCUACGGCGUCGUCUACCUCGCCCGCCUCCUGUCUCCUUCGUCGGGUGCUGGAGCCGCCGACUUGGAGACGACAACUGUCGGCUGCCGUCCCGAGGCGGUGGGGCGGUCGGCCGGCACGGGGAUCCUUCGUGUGGUCAAACUCGAGGUGCCCGACUUCCCUCUGGAGUUCUACUACCUGCGCGAGGCCAGGCGUCGUGUGGCUACGGCAUUUCGCCUUGGCAAAGCCCUUAUUGAUGUGGCAAGGUGGGGGGUGCGUGGGGGUGGAUGGACAGGCGCUUCCACCUGCGUAAUCUCAUCCUCCCGUCCCUCCCUCCACCAGCGCUCCUCGAUUUGUCCGGCCCUCGCACUGACGCACAGCGUCGGACGAUUCACGUGCCUGCUGAUGCCCUUCUACCCGGUGGGUCUCCUCACCUGGCUCAACUACGGUCUCUGCGGCAGUGGUGGCGGCGGCAGGUCGAGGGCCUACUGCCGGUCCCUGCGCCUCGGCCGACACGGUGGGGACCCGCCGCCGCUGGAGAAACACGAGGAUGAGCUGGUCGCGCUGUACCUGACGCUGGAGCUGCUCUGGCUUGUCGAGGGCCUGCACAAGCACGCCGGCAUCAUCCACGGCGACAUCAAACCGGACAACUUUCGCAUCAACGACCGCUUUCCCCUGCUUGACGUCGCUCCGCUUGACGAGGUGGACGAAGAUGGCAAGAGCAACGACUUCACCAGUUGCCUGAUGUCGGGCCGAUCGACGAAGGUGCUUGUCCUACUCGACUUCGGGCUCUGCAUCGACAUGGCCAGGUUCCCCGCGGAGACGGUGUUCAAGGUGGACAAGUCGCGGACCGCGAAACGAUCGUUCCCGUGCAUCGAGAUGCUGACCAAUCGCCCCUGGACGUACCAGGUACGUGUGUGUGUGUGUGUGUGUGUCCGGUUCAGCGUCGAGGCAACCAGCCAACCAACCAACCCCGGAUUACCGUUGUUGUGUCUGCGGCUGAUUGUUUGGUGGUCGGGUUGUCUCAUUGGACAGGGCACAUUCGGCCUCUCAAUUGUUCUUCGUGCCUAUUUUCUUGCAGCUCGACUUGUUCAACAUCGCCGGUGUAAUCUACACUCUCGUCUUCAAACGCUACAUGAAGGUGGAGUGUUUCAAUGGCGAAUGGAAACCGGCAUAUCUUCCUCGUUCCAGGCAAGUUCACUUUGGCUAAUUCGUCGUUCGCAAUUACCGCGCCAUCGAGGUAUGGACGAGCAUACUGUCCGCCCUGCUCAACGGCAUGUCAUCCACUUGUAUCAGGCCCUAGAGAGGGAUCGCAAUUACCGCGCCAUCGAGGUGUGGACGAGCAUACUGUCCGCCCUGCUCAAUGUCAAGAGCUGCUCGUCCGCCGACUACCCCGAUCUGGAGGCCCUGCGGGCCAAGUGCGAGCGCUUUCUGCAGGCGAAUGCCGCGGAGUACAACCUCGCCGCGGAACGCGCCAACGCCAUUCUCACCCACCUAACCCCGCCGUCGACUUGA